CCAGCACCGACUGGUGUGCCUCUCCGGGGGUGUGUGCAAAGGCUCCAGGAUAAAUAGGAGGCUCCCAGCUCUCGGGCAACGCUGGAGCCCUCUGGCUGCCCGCCCCGGGUGUUUCCCUGCCCUGUAGCCAGGCUGCCUGCUGCUUAAGUUUCGCUUCCUCCUGGCUCAGGGAUUAGUUUCCAAGCACCCUCUCGGUGCCGGUGGCCCGGGAAGGGAACGAAGAAGGAGCAGGGAGACUCGUCCAGGGGCUGUCCUGCCCAGCACAGCAGGGUUGAUGGACUCGGCCGUCCCGGGCAGCAGUGUCAGCAACCUGCCGCUGUUCCUGGCCCUUGCCCUGGGUCUUGCAAUUCUCCACUGUGUGGUGGCAGAUGAGAAUACAACCAGAACGCCUGAAACCAAUGGCUCUUUCUGUGGAACUCUUGGGGAAAACUGCACAGGUAACACCACGAGACAGAAGCCGAAAACCCACUUCUCUCGGUGCCCCAAACAGUACAAACAUUACUGCAUCCAUGGGAGAUGCCGAUACGUGGUGGACGAGCAGACGCCCUCCUGCAUCUGUGAGAAAGGCUACUACGGGGUACGCUGUGAGCGAGUGGACGUGUUUUACCUCCAGCAAGACAGAGGGCAGGUCCUGGUAAUCUGCCUGAUAGCGGUCAUGGUGGUGUUCAUCAUUUUAGUCAUCGGGGUCUGCACCUGCUGCCAUCCUCUUCGGAAACAUCGUAAAAAAAAGAAGGAAGAGAAAAUGGAAACUUUGGAUAAAGAUAAAACUCCCAUCAGUGAAGAUAUUCAAGAGACUAAUAUUGCUUAAUGGUUAUAAAGUUGUCAUAAGCUGGUAUGGCGAGCUACAGAAGACCUGACUCAUUUGCAGAUGGACAGAAAGUGUCUCAGGAAAACAGCUAGCGGAAAUGAAUGUCUAAAUAUUGUAUUUACUUUUUUAUUUGUAUUUGUAACUUUGUGUUGUUUGUUAUUGUUUUUAAUAAUGAUGUUUUUAUUACAGUCUAAUAAUCAGGAAAAAGGGCCUGGUUAGGUAGCAACAAUAAUAAGGAACAUUUCAAGAUAAUUUUGUUGCCAGGAUUAUUAGUCAAGUAAAGAAAAAGUGGGAACGAAGUUAGAUUUUUAAUAACUGAUUAUAUAAUACACCAAACAGUGGUGGCACACGCCUUUAAUCCCAGAAGUUGGGAUGCAGAGGCAGGUUUAUCUCUGUGAGUUUGACUCUAGCCUGGUCUACAUAGCAAGUUCCAGGAUGGCCAGGGCUAUACAGAGAAACCCUGUCUCAAAAACCCAAAGCAACUAAACAAACAAACAAACAAACAAACAAAAAAACAAACCUGAAUCAACACCAAAGCUUAUACAGGUACCAUAUGCUCGGAGUUUGAAAUAUAUUAUUUCAUUUUAUCCUUUCAGCGGUCUGUGAGAUUGCAUGUUUUUGUCCUCAUUGUCAUAUAUGUAAGAGUUACAUAAUCUCAUUUAGAUUUAGAGGCAAAAGAAUUGAUGGAGUCAGAACCAAGACAGACCCAGAUUCAAAGCUGGUGUCCUUGUCAUUUUGUUAGUUUGAGUCCCUGUAUUCUAACUCAACAGUGUAACUCAGGAUUUCCUUCUGAGCUGUGCUUUGCUGAUUCUGAGUUGUUAGCAUUAACACAGACUAUGAAGUCCUGGCCAAUGCUGCUGUCACCAUCAGGAUUUCUGUUGGCUUUCAUCCUUACUAUUAUUUUGCUUUUCAUGAAGUCUCAGCGGCAUGAGUAAAUUCUUUUUUUUUUUUUUAAAUUUUAUUUUUCUUUUUAGUUAUAUUUUGUUAACUCUGUGUCCCAGCUGUAUCCUGCUCCCUCUUUCCCUCCCCAACCCCACACUCCCUCCCUGGUCUCCUCCCUGCCCCUUUCCAAGUCCACUGAUAGGGGAGGACCUCCUCCCCUUUCAUUUGACCCUGUUUUAUCAGGUAUCUUCAGGGCUGGCUGCAAAGUCCUCCUCUGUGGCCUAACAGACUGCUCCUCCCCUGGGGGGGGGGGGGGUCAAACAGCCUGCCCUUGAGAUCCUGUUAGAAAUAGUCCGUGUUCCCCUUACUUUGGAAAACUACUUGGUUACUGAGCUUCCACGGGCCACAUCCGAGCAGAAGUUCUAGGUUAUAUCCAUAGAUGGUCCUUGGUUGAGUGUCAGUCUCAGAAAAGACCCUGUGCUCAGAUAUAUUUGAACAAAACCAUCAGAAAAAGCAAAUGACUGGUAAAAACCUUCCGUAGGUGCUUAUGCUCAGUAAAGUAUAAACAGCACUGGAAGAGACUGUUAAUAUCGGUGAUGGCAAAGCUGAAGAGAUGUGACCAUACCCUGCUCUCAGGCAAAUUUUGAUGCCAUGACAUCCUGAACACAGCAUUUAUUAUUUGAACUAUUUUGCCAUUGUUGUGUUCCUUUGACUUUGUGCUGUAUUUAGUAGAAACGAUAUUAAAUGUAAAAAGAAAAUAAAAUUUGUAUUUAGUCAGUAUUCGGUAGAACAUGGAACUUUUCACACUGAUCAGGUGGGUCACUUCAGAAUGUCGAUGGGAAGAUGCUCCCACGCAGUGGUGCUUCCUGCUUGUUGGGAUCUUUGUAAAUGUUACUUUACAAUAGAGAUUUCAUAGAUGCGAACAAAUGUCUGAAUUCCCUACGUUCUUUCACUACAGUGUUUGGAAGUAGGCUGGGGUUUCAUUAAUGAAGAUUACCUGCCAAUUACAGCUAGUAAUUCAAAGAACUGACAAGUUUCAAAAUGGCUUUUUUUUUCUUGUGACUUAAUGGCUGUCCUUGAAAGGAGGCUACCUGCACCUGAGUCAGAUUCAUGCUUUAUUUAGUCUCCUUGGGCGCAUGUAUGUAUUUCUUUCCAGUCGUUUUUGAUGCUAAACAGGUUUGAAAUAAAUGACCACUAGCACAUCAAAAAAUGC